GCCCGGAGGAGCGGGAGUGGGGGAAGCAGCUCUGGGAGUUGCUGGGGGUUACUCUUUUCCUGGGGGGCGACCGGCCGCAUGCGUGCUUGUUUACUCGGGUGGGAGCGGGGCGUCCAAAAGCCGGCUCCCGGCGCGAACGGAGGUCCAGCACCCGCUGCAGAGCCCGCCUGACGCCUGGAGGUGUGUCUGGCUUGCUUCCAGGACCACGGGGUGGGUUCUCCACAGUGACUUGGUUGGAUGACAGCUGGCUUGUGGUGAGCUCCUCUGCCCACUGGCUGACCUCAAGCAGUUGGCCCGGGCUGGUGGAGGCUAUUCGGGGGCGGCCGAGCUGGGGACUGAGCGUCAGCUCCCGCCGGCGCGGGGGUCCCCUCCAAGGCCAGGCGGAGUGGUGCGUGGGAGGCGCGUCUUCCCGGACCGUCCCCUCUCGAGCGCGGUCUGUGUGGACCCCCAGCCAGGCAGCGGUAGGGGACGGAGGGCGGCGUGCCUUGCCCCGGGCUCGCCCGCUAUCAGCCGUGGGAACUCGGAACUUUAUCCAGAGGGAUCGGUGGGGGCGGGGGUGGGAGGGAUUCUCCUCCCCCGGCUCUCGCCGCCCCCUCCCGGCCCGCCCCUCCCCCGCCUCCAAUGGCUUCGCCUUCAGAGCAUCCUCACUCCGCCCAGUUUGGUGCCAGCUGCGUGGGCUCCGGCUUCGUGCGUUUUCUGCUCCAAAACUCUGCAGCGACUAAGGAAAUCCCAUCGGAAUUUGCCGGGCGUGCUCUCACCCGGCCUGCCGGUGCCGUCUGUCCUUGGAUCCGAUCACUUCAGCCAGAAGAUUGCAACUUUGCAGAGACAAAGAAAUAGCAUGGCAUGAAACAUGGCUCAGUUCUAUUACAAAAGAAAUGUUAAUGCCCCCUACAGAGAUCGCAUCCCUCUAAGGAUAGUACGGGCAGAAUCAGAACUCUCACCAUCCGAAAAAGCCUACUUGAAUGCUGUGGAAAAGGGAGAUUAUGCCAGUGUCAAGAAAUCCCUAGAGGAAGCUGAAAUUUAUUUUAAAAUCAAUAUUAAUUGCAUUGACCCUCUUGGAAGAACUGCUCUCCUCAUUGCAAUUGAAAAUGAGAACUUGGAGCUCAUCGAACUUCUCUUAAGCUUUAAUGUCUAUGUUGGAGAUGCUCUAUUGCAUGCUAUCAGAAAAGAAGUCGUUGGAGCCGUUGAGCUGUUACUGAACCACAAAAAGCCUAGUGGAGAAAAACAGGUGCCUCCCAUUCUCCUUGAUAAGCAGUUCUCUGAAUUCACGCCCGACAUUACACCAAUCAUUUUGGCAGCCCAUACAAAUAAUUACGAGAUAAUAAAACUUUUGGUUCAGAAAGGAGUCUCGGUGCCGCGGCCCCACGAGGUCCGCUGUAACUGCGUGGAGUGCGUGUCCAGCUCAGAUGUGGACAGCCUCCGUCACUCACGCUCCAGACUCAACAUCUACAAAGCCUUGGCCAGUCCCUCUCUCAUCGCGCUGUCAAGCGAAGACCCUUUCCUUACCGCCUUUCAGUUAAGUUGGGAGCUUCAGGAACUGAGCAAGGUGGAAAAUGAAUUCAAGUCAGAGUAUGAGGAGCUGUCACGACAGUGCAAACAAUUUGCUAAGGACCUACUGGAUCAGACAAGAAGUUCCAGAGAACUGGAAAUCAUUCUUAAUUACCGGGAUGACAAUAGUCUGAUAGAAGAACAAAGUGGAAAUGAUCUUGCAAGACUAAAAUUGGCCAUUAAGUACCGUCAAAAAGAGUUUGUUGCCCAGCCCAAUUGUCAACAGCUGCUGGCAUCUCGCUGGUACGAUGAGUUUCCAGGCUGGAGGAGAAGACACUGGGCAGUGAAGAUGGUGACAUGUUUCAUAAUAGGACUUCUUUUUCCCGUCUUCUCUGUGUGCUACCUGAUAGCUCCUAAAAGCCCACUGGGACUGUUCAUAAGAAAGCCAUUUAUCAAGUUUAUCUGCCACACAGCAUCCUAUUUGACUUUUUUGUUCCUGCUGCUGCUUGCUUCUCAGCACAUCGACAGGUCAGACUUGAACAGGCAAGGGCCACCACCAACCAUCGUCGAGUGGAUGAUAUUACCGUGGGUCCUGGGUUUUAUAUGGGGAGAAAUUAAACAGAUGUGGGACGGUGGACUUCAAGAUUACAUCCAUGAUUGGUGGAAUCUAAUGGAUUUUGUGAUGAACUCCUUAUAUUUAGCAACAAUAUCCUUGAAAAUUGUUGCAUUUGUAAAGUACAGUGCUCUUAAUCCACGAGAAUCUUGGGACAUGUGGCAUCCCACUCUGGUGGCAGAGGCUUUAUUUGCUAUUGCAAACAUCUUCAGUUCCUUGCGUCUGAUCUCACUGUUUACUGCAAAUUCUCACCUGGGACCCCUGCAAAUAUCCCUGGGAAGAAUGCUCCUGGACAUUUUGAAGUUUCUAUUCAUAUACUGCCUUGUGUUGCUAGCAUUUGCAAAUGGCCUAAAUCAAUUGUACUUCUAUUAUGAAGAAACAAAAGGAUUAAGCUGCAAAGGCAUACGAUGUGAAAAGCAGAAUAAUGCGUUUUCAACGUUAUUUGAGACCCUCCAGUCUCUUUUUUGGUCAAUAUUUGGGCUUAUCAAUUUAUAUGUGACCAAUGUCAAAGCACAGCACGAAUUCACUGAGUUUGUUGGUGCCACCAUGUUCGGGACAUAUAAUGUCAUCUCUCUGGUUGUUUUACUCAACAUGUUAAUAGCUAUGAUGAAUAAUUCUUACCAACUUAUUGCUGACCAUGCAGAUAUAGAAUGGAAAUUUGCUCGAACAAAGCUUUGGAUGAGUUAUUUUGAAGAAGGAGGGACUCUGCCUACUCCCUUCAAUGUCAUCCCGAGCCCCAAGUCGCUCUGGUACCUGAUCAAAUGGAUAUGGACACACUUGUGCAAGAAAAAGAUGAGAAGAAAGCCAGAAAGUUUUGGAACAAUAGGGAGGCGAGCUGCUGAUAAUUUGAGAAGACAUCACCAAUAUCAAGAAGUUAUGAGGAACCUGGUGAAGCGCUACGUGGCUGCAAUGAUUAGAGACGCUAAAACUGAAGAAGGCCUGACCGAAGAGAACUUUAAGGAACUCAAGCAAGACAUUUCUAGUUUCCGCUUUGAAGUUCUGGGAUUACUAAGAGGAAGCAAGCUUUCCACAAUCCAAUCCGCCAAUGCCACGAAGGAGUCCUCUAAUUCAGCAGACUCGGAUGAAAAGAGUGACAGUGAAGGUAGUAGCAAGGACAAGAAGAAGAAUUUCAGCCUUUUUGACUUGACCACGCUCAUUCAUCCGAGAUCGGCAGCCAUCGCGGCCGAGAGACAUAACAUAAGCAACGGCUCCGCCCUGGUGGCGCAGGAGCCGCCGCGGGAGAAGCAGAGAAAAGUGAAUUUUGUGACCGAUAUCAAAAAUUUCGGGUUGUUUCAUAGACGAUCAAAACAAAAUGCUGCUGAGCAAAAUGCACACCAAAUCUUCUCUGUUUCAGAAGAAGUGGCUCGUCAACAGGCCGCAGGAGGACCCCUCGAGAGAAACAUGCAGCUGGAACCCCGAGGCUUCGCUUCCCGGAGCGAGCGGGGCAUCCCGGGCCUCAGUGAACAGUGCGUGCUCGUGGAGCACCGGGCAAGGGCCGCGGACGGCCCGGGGCCACAGGCAGGCGGGAGGGCGUGCGCGUUCGAGUCCGAGAAGGUGGUGGUGGAGGACACGGUUCCUAUAAUACCAAAGGAGAAACACGCCAAGGGGGGGGACUCGAGCAUAGACUAUGACGUGAACCUCACAGACACCGCCACCCACGAAGAUUACGUGACAACGAGAUUGUGACACUUGAAGGAAGGCAGCGCUUCCCAUACGCGUACAUAUUUCCCAUUGUGCUCUGGGCGGGGGGAAAAUGUUUAAAAUUAAAUUAGCAAAUGCUGACAUUAAACUUGGUAGCGUUUCUCAACUGCGGCAUACUAACCUGUAACAUGUUGAAAUAAGGCAAAGGCAAUCAAAAACCCUUCUGUUUUGUAGCCUGCUUUUGCUUUCACCAUUUGUUUUACAAUUGUUUUUGUUAACAAAUAAACGCACCUUGUAUUCUUGUACUGUUGCAAUAA